AUGCGUCCCAUCUUCUUUCUCUCCGCUGUUGUUGCCUCGGCUGUUCUGAGUUUUGUGGGAUUCUUUGUGAGUCUGUUCAUUACGGUCGUCAGUUACAAGGCUUGGGUCACAAGGCACAGCCUCUCCUCUUCUGAUAGGAUCCUGCUCAGCUUGGCCAUCUCCCGACUUCUUAUGCUGGGACUAUUUCUACUGUACAUGAUCUUCUUCAUCCUGAAUGUUGAGAGGUCAAUCUUUGUGUCCACUUUUUUCCUGCUGUCUUGGAUGUUUCUGGACUCUAGCAGUCUCUGGUUCGUGACCUUGCUCAACACCUUGUAUUGUGUGAAGAUUGCUAACUUCCAACAUUCAUUGUUUCUCCUGCUGAAGCGCCAGUUGUCCCCGAAGAUCCCCAGGCUGCUUCUGGCCUGUGUGCUGACCCCUGGCCUCACCACGCUCCUGUACUUUGUGCUCAGUCAGACAUCGCCCUUCCCUAAGCUUGGGACUGGGAAUAAUGGCACAGUAUGUGACAUCAAUGAAGAUAUCUUGUCUUUGAUGACUUCUUUGCUCCUGAACUCGUUUCCCCAGUUCAUCCUUAAUGUGACUUCUGCUUCCUUGUUAAUACAUUCCUUGAAGAGACAUGUCUGUAAGAUGCAGAGGAAUGCUUCUGGCUUCUGGAACCCCCAGACGGAAGCUCACGUGGGGGCCAUGAAGCUGAUGAUUUACUUCCUCAUCCUCUACAUCCCAUCUUCGGUUGCUACCCUGGUCCUGUACCUCCCUUCUUCUCUAGGGAUGGGCUUGGCAACCAGAGCUAUUUGUAGGAUUUUGUCCACCCUCUACCCCGCAGGACAUUCUGUCCUCCUGAUUCUUGCACAUCCCAGACUGAAAGCAAAAGCAAAGCAGAUUCUUUGUUUCAACAAAUAG